AUGUGGAAAGUAUUAGCUUUAGCUGUCUUGUUGAGUGUCUUCCACCAAGGGUAUGGUGAAACAGGUUGUCCGGAACCUGAAGAUAUCGCACCCUGCGUUUGUACUCAAGCUCCAUUUACCUAUUUGCUUUGUCAGAAUCUUACUGAUGCCGAAGUAUUAAGGAAGGCUUUUAAGAAUUCGGAGAGGUACAGAUAUAAGGAAGUCCACAUAGAAUAUUCCGUUAUGCAAUAUUUGCCGUAUGAUAUCUUUGAAACUGUUAAAGUAAUUGAAAUGCAUUUGAAGAAUGUGACGUUAUCUAAUCUAUUUGAUAGACCACCAAAUGCUUUAGAUGAAUUGCGGACACUUCAUAUUGAGAACUGUAGAGUAUUAAGAGGUAUAUUUUGGCGUAUUCUUGAACCGCUGAAAAGCCUUCGAAUUUUGAAUAUUUACUUCAAUUCCAUAAAAACACUGGGAAAAGAUUUCAUCGAAUAUGCUCCAAAAGAGUUGGAACAAUUAUCGCUAUACGGAACAGAAACGAAAACAAUCAAACCUGGUGCAUUUGCAAAUUUCACGAAAUUGGACAAAAUAGCUGUUGAUGCUGGGAAAUUAACAACUUUAACUCGAGAUAUUUUCCCAACACCCUUCAAUGGCAGAUUUCUUUAUUUUAACGAUAACAAGCUAACGACGAUUCCAGAAGGCCUUUUCACACAAAUGCCAAAUCUGCAGACCUUAAGCUUGAGACAAAAUCAAAUUUCAACACUCCCAAAGAAUGCUUUUGACAGUCCUGAAAGUGUUUCUAAAAUCACAUACUUAAUACUUAAUGGUAACCCACUUAAGUGCGACUGUCGUCUGGUGUGGUUGAUGGAUGUCAAGCCGCAAGUUUUGCAGGGCAGAUGUGAAUCUCCGAAACGACUUCAAGGAAGAGAACUGAAAGAUCUCGUUCGCACAGAUUUCAACUGCUGA